AUGAAAUACGCUAUUGGUAUUGAAGACGCAGAGACAAAAAUACAAACAUCAUUCAUAGGGAAAACUGAUCUGUUCAAACCAAAUUCGGAUGACCGUCUUGAAAUGUAUGCUAAGGGAACACUCGCCAAAAUGGAAAGCUUGGUGCUGGAGAACAAAGUGUAG